CAAUAGCUACAGUGCCAUCAUGUUAAGUGUAUUUUAGCUAUAACAACAAGGAGAAAAAAGAUUAACAAGAAAGUGACAAUAAUUAAAAUGGCGUUUUUAUUAAAAUUAUGUAAUUGAUAUUGAGGUGUAUGGUCAGGUGAAUGAAUGAUAUACUUGUGUGCGCCUAGAAGGUGCACAAAAAUUUGUGGCACCAACCUAAAAGCUUGUGUACCUAAGCAACCUCACUAUCCAGACAUAUACAAUUAAAUCAGAAAUUAUUUUUCAACAACAUAUAGUUAUUGCAUGACGUAUUUAGAACCAUUAUAAGCUCUGUUAAUAAUAUUAUUUGUCAAGCAUUUCGAGCUUCAACUGCAAUUUACAGCAACACCCUUAUAUUUGUUUAAACAUUUUUCUAGAUAUGUAACUAACUUUAUCCAUGUAAAGCUCUUUGCAACAAUUACAGUCACAAUGAGAUGAAACACUGCACUGACUGUGACCUUCUUAUGGACUCGACAGAUUUAGGAACGACCCGAAAAACAAGAAAACUUAGCCAAGGAGAAAAAGCAGAUGUCCUUGACAGUUUUAUAGCCAUUAUAUCAAUAUUGACAUUCCUUGCUGACAUUGGCACAGACAUUUUAGCAGCGCAUCAAUAUUUUGUAAAAUCUCAUUGGUCAUGGUUUGGUCUAACGGUGUUGUUCAUUGUUAUUCCGUCCAUAGUGAUGCAGUCACUGUCUUGUAAAUGGUAUUUUGAUGAUUAUGGAAAACAGCCAUGGUGGUCAAAGCUGUUACAUAUUUGCCAAUUGGGGCCCGUACAAAGGUAUUGUCAGGCAUUUUGGUCUGGUCUUCGGACAAACUGCAUGACAAAGAUCGACAUGGAUGACUUUAACGAUUAUCUCACAAACUGGAGAGAUGUGACAAUGUUGCGAUUAAUUGAAGCAUUUCUCGAGUCUGCACCCCAAGUAGUUCUGCAACUUUAUAUUCUGUCAGUAGUCGACCAUAAGAUUCAGUGGGAUAAGGACUGGAUCACCAUACUUUCUGUACUGCUAUCGAUAACCUCUCUUGGGUGGUCUAUAGUCUCGUACACUCAUGCGUUGAGAUUAAGCGCCAAAGACAAAGGGUUGUCCGUCUGCGGGUAUACAUUCCAAGUCACUUAUCGGCUGUGCAUGGUGGCUUCGCGCGUCGUCGCGUUAGUUUUGUUUGCCACCCAAUUUGAGUGGGUUGUGUUUGUGGUGUGUUUCGUGCAUUGGAUUGUUAUGAUUUGCUGGUUGCAUUUUCAGGGAACGCAUUUUUGUUCCAGCCCCAACACGCCAGAUCGUAGCGAGGGCGUCGAGAAAUGUUUGGACCGUUUGUUUUCUGUUCUCAUGGGUUUCAUUCAUAUAUUUUGCUUUAUAAAUACACAAGAGGGAGCAACGAGACAGCGUGUGAUGACUUAUUAUAUUUUGAUCUUUGUUGAAAAUACCCUCAUGAUCGCAGCUUGGUACCCCACUAGACGGAAUUCGUUUGGUUGGCUGGAGUAUAGCGCUGGGUCUUUUGUUUUUGGUGGGUUUCUUUUGGGAUUAAUUAGCAUGUUAAUUUAUUAUAAAUUAUUCCAUCCGAAUCAAGACAUUACUGCGGGAUGGUUCUGUUGCGUCAUGUGUUCAAAAGAUGACAGUCAAACCGAAAGUAUAUUUACUUCUUCGACGAGUGAGAACUGCUCACGUAAAAUCACUGACUCGCCGACUAGUAUGUAUCACGUUAGCGUCAGUGUUACGCCAAAGCCAGGCAGACGGUUUAUUAAAAAAUCCGACCAUUUAAUACCUAUCGACAUCGAAUUUUCAUCGAGAGGUGACCGUUCACCCGGUAAAACACGUCGUAUUAACGAACAAGUUUACCAAAUUGCCGAAAGUGGUCAAUUAGAGGAAAGAAAAGAGGACCGUGGCGGCGAUAAUAAUAUAAGUAACGGCGUUACUGAAAAAGAAGACGUAAACCGUAACAGUUACGGCAGUCUGGAUGUUCCGCACAGGCGUCACAUUUCGAGCAAUGGAAAAAAAUCUGAAUUCGUAUCUUCUUUCGACCAAUCAGGUUUGAUAACGAAAAUAGUUAUAUAAAUUAUUUUAAUUUUAAUUUAUUACUAAUAUUUAUGACAAUAAGUAGCUAGGUACUUUUUAUUAAUUAUACAAAUGCAAUGAAAGGAUAUUUAUAUUUUCUAUAAAAUACAUUUUUCAUAGCGCAUUUGUGUUUUGAUAAAGCUAAGUAAAAACCUUAGAAUGUGCUUAGGAAAACUUUUUAAAAAUUGUCUCCAGAAAAGCAAAGAUAUCAGUGUUUUUCUGUUACUGCUGUACUGUAUUAAGAAAUUCCAACCAGAAGUCCCCGUGAAAUAAUACGCUGGCAAGCAUGCAUGUAAAAGUCACAAAUGUAAUCUCGUUUGGACUUAUUGCAUCACCUCAAAGUGAACGCCGUACUUCACCUUGGCCCUUGUUGUUUCAGUUUCAGUUUCACCAUUGAAUUGUCAUAGGUAAAAAACUGACAAUUGUAACGGUCGGGACAACCCUCAAUUUUUUCUCGACUUUAAAUUAUUAUAUUAUUAAAACUUUGACAGUAACGAUAAAUACCCAAGUAUUAUAAUCUAAGACAGUUUCCGUUAAUUCAAAUAUUCCAAAAAU